AUGAACGCCGCGUUUCAAUCAUCCCUCUCAAACGUCGAAUCGAAGCUCAAUGCGCUCCUGACCACCAUCACUACUGCGCCUGCUGCGGCGGGAGCCCCAGCUGCAGCAGCAGCUUUAUUGGAAGUGGACGACACACUAUCUACUUCCAUCGACACCCUCCGGCUCCACCAAGAGAACCAUGCCACGAUUCUUCGUCUUCGCGCAGAAGCAGAGCGACUGGAGCGCCGAGUGAAAGAUAUUGUCAAAUCAAUCGAGGAGUUCGAUAAAGGGAUCCAAUCAGCCUAUGGCGACGACAGUGACAGUGAUCGGGAUUCAAUAGAAGAGGGGACCAGCAACGCAGGAAUCAAGCCCCGGAAAGAAAUCGACUAUCGGCUCCUAUUGGACUUCGCUCGCCGGAUCAGCAAAUAUAACCACGAGGCCGCUGCUGACGCCGCGAAUGGAAUUGCUGCUCAGAAAAGCCAAGAGACCGCCGUCCCUGAUUUAAACGGAGAGGCAAAUAAUGGAGCUGAGCCGGUAGCAACGGUGACCAAGAGCGCGACACAAUGGCUGGACGACUCCGCAAACAGCACCCGCGAAGUCUACAUGCUACCAUAUCCCAUGGAGGAUCGGAUCCGCAUGGGUCUGAUGGGCCAGGUGCAAUUGGCGGCAGGCCAAGACCUUGACAAAGAAGUCGAUCGAUUAAUCCGUGAAGCGGAAGGCCUUGGCGCGGCAGAGCCGGUUGCUCCAGCGCCUGCAGCGGACGCAAGGCAAGAGCAGUCUGCCAAUGCCGCAGCUCAAGCGGGCUCUGAUAUAGCCCGGGCGCCCGCACCCCGAGCGUCUGCGCCAAGGCCACCGCCAAAAGCAACUCUCGAUCUUGAUCUUUAUGAUCCCGACGACGACGACAUGUAG